AUGGUUCUCAGUUACUGCCGCUCAUUCCUCCUGGCUGAAGCAAACAAUUUCACUCCUAUCAUAAUCCCAACAUUUUAUUACUUCGUGCAAUCUGAUGUGUUCCCUCCCAUCAGCUUGAGGGGGGGUGUUAAGGGUAAAAAUAGGUACUUAUACGCGCUUGGGUUUUACAUAUAUAAUCUGUACAAGGCUUUCGAUAGAGAGAAAAUCAAGACUUUCUUUGAUGAUCGUACACUCAAGAGAGGAGAAAACAUAUCAGCAGCACUUCUUCGUGGAAUAGAAGUUUCAAAGAUUUAUGUGGUUAUAUGCUCUGAAAACUACGCUUCGUCAAGUUGGUGCUUGGAUGAACUUGUUAAGAUCCUUGAAUGUCAAAAAUCAAAGCAGCAGAUUGUUAUCCUAGUUUUUUACAAAGUGGAUCCUGCACAUGUACGACAUCAAACUGGUAGUUUUGGUCAAGCCCUUGCCGGGUUGAAAUACAACAAGGACAGGGUCCCCAUAUGGAGGGCAGCUCUUACACAAGUAGCAAAUUUGUCUGGAUGGACUUAUGUGGACGGGUAUGAAUCUGAUUUUAUCGAGAAGAUUGUUAGAGAGAUAUUAGAUGUUGUCGGCCUCAACGACCAAAAGACGAAAGAAGAUGAAAGCUGUUGUAGAGAAUUGGAAAAAUUCUUUGUUUUUCCACUCGUAUUCUAG